AUGCUGCACGGCGGCCACACCAACCUCCGCCGCACCACCUACCUCGUGCUCGACGAGGCGGAUCGCAUGCUCGACAUGGGCUUUGAGCCGCAAAUCCGCGAAAUUGUGGGCCAAAUCCGCCCCGACCGCCAGACGCUCAUGUGGAGUGCCACCUGGCCCAAGGAGGUCCGCAUUCUCGCCGAGGAGUACCUCAAGGACUACAUCCAAGUCAACAUUGGCUCGCUCUCGCUCUCUGCCAACCGCCAGAUCCGCCAGCUCGUCGACGUCGUCGAGGACCACGAGAAGGACGGCAAGCUCUUCACCUUCCUCGCCUCGAUUGUCACCCAGCCCGACCACAAGACCAUCAUCUUCACCGAGACCAAGCGCGGCACCGACGAUCUCACUCGCCGUAUGCGCCGCAGCGGCUGGAACGCCAUGAGCAUUCACGGCGACAAGAACCAGAGCGAGCGUGACUGGGUUCUUGCCGAGUUCAAGGCUGGCAAGUGCGACAUUCUGAUUGCUACCGACGUUGCCUCCCGCGGUUUGGAUGUCAAGGACAUUCGCUUUGUCAUCAACUACGACUUCCCCAACAAUGUUGAAGAUUAUGUGCACCGCAUCGGCCGUACUGCGCGUGCCCAGGCAACCGGUACCUCGUACACACUCUUCACCCGCGACGAUGCUGGUCGCGCUCGCGAUCUCGUCAAUGUCCUUCGCGAGGCCGAGCAAGAAAUCCCGCCGGCGCUCCAAGCCCUGACUGGUCGUGGUGGUGAUUCUCGCCGUGGCCCACCUGGUCGCUUUGGCGGUCGUGGCGGCUUUGGCGGCGCCAGCAGCCGCACCGGUGCCAACACUGAGCCUGUUGGUUACUCGAGCGGUGGCAGCGGUUAUUCGAGCGGAGGCAGCGGCUAUUCCAACGGUCACUCAAAUGGCCACCACUCUUCCGGUUACGGCAGCAGCGCCGGCAUGCCACCACCGGCAUCCAGCGGCAGCUACAGCGCACCUCCUUCAUCCAGCGGCAGCUACAGCGCACCGCCGACUGCAGCCUAUUAUGGCGGCGCGUACCCGCCUGCGCACUAA